AGAAGCAUAACGCACAUGAAGUCGGGGAACUAUGCACCACAGGCGAACGCGGCCGAACGAGUGAACCAGACAAUACUGGCGGCGAUAAGGACAUACGCUAGUGAGGAUCACACGCGCUGGGACGAGAAGCUGACGGAGAUCCAGUGUGUGGCUAGGAGCGCUAUACACACGGGCAUCGGGACGUCGCCAUACUUUGUGUUGUUUGGGCAGCACAUGUUUACUAGCGGCCGAGAUUAUAAAUUGGCACGCAGACUGGGCGCCCUAAAUGAUGCACAAAUGUCACCCUUGGCGAGGAGUGACAAGAUGGAAAUAGUCCGAGAUGAGGUCCGAGGAAACUCUCAUGAAGCCUACAACAGAGCGAAGAACAGGUACAAUCGAAAAGCUCGAGAAAUUAGGUACUCACCGGGUCAGGAGGUAUAUAAGCGGAAUUUCGUGUUGAGCAAAUUUAAAAACCAACAUCAACGCGAAGCUCAGCCCAAAAUAUGUCAAGUGCCGAGUGAUCCGAAGUAUGGGCAACAGUCUGUACGAGCUGGAGACGUUGCAAGGCUCACGUAUUGGGGUGUUUCACGCAAAAGAUCUGAAGCAGUAGCCCGGGCAUCUCAGUCGAUGGAGCCAGAGACUCUCAAUCUCAGGGUGUGGGCGAUGGCCUACGUUUGGGGCCCCUUAAUUGAAAAAGCCCGCCUGUUUGGCACUCCCGUUUCGGCGGAGGAAUCCUGGAAACGGUAGUGUGGUGUUAUGGCCGGUU